UAUGCUCCUGAUGCUACUCUGUGUAUCGUCACCAACCCCGUGAAUUCCAUCGUCCCUGCCUGCGCUGAGGUCUAUAAGCAAGCCGGUGUGUUCAACCCUAAGAAGCUUCUCGGUGUUUCUCUUUUGGAUACAAUCAGGGCUGAGACCUUCGUUGCCAAGGAGUUGAAGACUGAUGUGAACAAGGUGACUAUCCCCGUUAUUGGUGGUCAUGCUGGUGUGACUAUCAUGCCUUGGUUCUCUCAUGCUACUCCCAAGGUUGACUUCGACGAGUCCACUCUCACUGCUUUGGAUAACCAUGUUCAGGGUGCCGGUACUGAUGUUGUCAACGCUAAGGCUGGUGCUGGAUCUGCCACCCUUGCCAUGGCCUAUGCAGCCGCCGAGUUCGUCGAGGUUGUCAUUCGUGGCAUGCACGGUGAACAAGCUAGCGCUUCCACUUUCUUCAACGAGCCUUACGGUGAUGUUCAAUACUUCUCUUACUUGUGCGACUUCGGACCUGAAGGCGUCUCCAAGAUUCAUCCCAUUGAGGGCUUGAGCGAACACGAGGCCGGCAGGCUCCAGGAAGUCAUCACUAAGCUGAAGGUUGAUGUUCAGAGGGGCAUUGACUUUGCCAACAAGCAGGAGUAA